AUGAGCAAGGUGAGUAGAUCCUUGAAAAGCAAAGCAAACAAAAAUGGAAUGGAAGGAAAAGUUGAAAUCGAAGAGAAAAGUGGACACGAACGGAGCGAAGAUGAAGAAAAAGAUAAACAGGACCGUGGCUCAUACCUUACUGGUGAGUCGGACAAUGAGAAUGAUACUAGUGAUUUGGAAGACCUUCCAGAAUAUGAAAGAGAAUUGAUUCUUGCUAAAAGGCAUGAAGAACACAUGAUAAAAGAACACAGAAGAAUUCUCCUAAAAAAUAUAAAAAUACAAUCUCAUGGAGAGAAAGUACAACCAGUUGAUAACGCCAAUUGCAUUUCACAAUCACGUAAAACCUCCUCUGAUUCACCAAGUAGCAAAAUAUUACAGUUGAUGUCGAGGAAGAAAAAUACUAUUCCUGUUGACAAAUCAGAUGAACCUAGCAAAUCUAACAAAAAAUCAAUAACGGUCAACAAAAAAAAAACCAAACCAAGUUCCAAAAUUGGAAAGGAUGACACCACAACCGAUGCUGAGAAAAACAAACUUAGCAAUUACACAAAUGAAGAAAUAAGAAAAAGAAGAGACUCCCCGUGGGAUAAUAUUGAAGGAAAAGAAGCACAUAAACACUCAGGUAUUGACGAGAUGAGUUACAAAGUUAGACAUAAAGACAAUGUAAAAGGGGUAAUUUCGCGAGAAAAAUAUACAAGUAAAAUGCACAACGAAACAUUAGAUUCUUCUCCUUCUGGAGAUUCAUAUCAUAGAAAAAAAAGCAUAAAAAAAGGAAUGAAAAAAAUCACUCCAAUAGAAUUAGCAUGUGUAAGCAGUAAAGAGGAAAAGGGACCUCACAACAAAAGACAAAUCGAUUUACCUACAGAACAUGAUAAAGAUGGAUUGUCUGGUCAUGUAGUUAGGAAAAGAGAUACUUUUGAGGAAUCGAAAAUUCUAAAUAAAUGGAAACAAGGAAAAGAAAAUAAAAAUGAGGAUAAAAUUGUAUUAUCAGAGAAAGAAAGAAAUGAAUUUUAUGUGAUUGAAAAGUCGAGGGAAUUGAAUAAAAAAAAAAAAUUACAAACAAAAGAAUCUCAAUCUCACGAUAGUAGAUUGUUUCUUCAUGAUAAGUAUUCUGAGUAUGAUAAUAGUUCUGGUAGUAUACAAAUGAAUAAACGUGAAAAUGAUUUAUUACAUAAUGCACUUCCAAAAGAACCAGAAACACCAGAACGCUUAAUACAUCUGUACAAGGAGGAAAAAAAAAUGAAAUUAGACAUUUACAAAUUCAUGACUUACGAAAUUAUUACUUAUUUUCAAUUGAAAAAAACAUUUCUCCUUGAUAUGAGUGAACAUGUAAAAUUUCCAUAUCACGUCAUCGGACACCUUGUUAAGAUAAAUGACACAAAUCAAUUGGUUAAGGUUGCAAGCAGUUAUAAGACAAAAAAAAAAACUCCUACGGCUGCCCAUAUUGGAAGUGCUGGAAAUGUUGGCAAUAUUGGCAAUAUUGGCAGUACUGGCCAUGUUGGUGGUAAGAAUAAUGCAGGCGACCAAAAAAGAAAAAUAAGUGAAUCAACUCUUUUAAAUGAAAACACAUGUCCAAAUGAAAAAAGAAAAAUUUUUUUCCUCACGAACGUUGUAAAAUGUGAAAGUUAUUUCUGCAUUGAUAGAUACACAAACAUCAAAUUCGAAAUAGCCCAUAUGGAAAACCUAACAAAUGAGUUUUUUUUCAAUAAAAUGAAAAAUAUAAUGAUUCAAAAUAAAAAAAUACCCAUGAGUGAAUUAAAUUCAGAAGGAAAUUGUUACGACACUUUCAUAUGUGAUUUGAACAAUAUAUCUGAUCAAAAAAUUUCAGUAGAUGAAUAUAAUUUUAUUAAAUUAUUCUCCAUAGAUUUACAAAUUUUGAAAAAUUUUUAUCAGUUCUUAAGAGAGAAAAUCGAAGAUUUAAAAAAUUUCCAUUUUACUGAAAGGCAAAUACAGGACUUGGUAGAAAUGAAAAAAAAACAAAGCUUUCAUGAAAUUUUUAUAAAUAAAAAAAACAUUGAUUCUUUGCCAAUAUCUCGUAUCACUGUUCAACGAGAAAUAUGCUCCAUUCAGCGAGAAAUAGACAAUCUUAACUAUGUAAGAAGGAAAACAAAUCCCCAAGAUCUGCAUACCUUGUCUCAGAUUAAACACCAAAUUGACACACUUACGUUGAAGAAGGGUAUCCUCAGGGUGCAGCUAGAGAAAACUCGAACCAACCAAGUACAAACCAAAAUACAGGAAGUCAUUCCAAACGAGCGGGAAAAAGUUGCAACCAAGGAAAAACCUCUGAAGAGCUACAUACCCGGAGGAUCCUCUCUCAUGGACGAAUUUUCACAUAAACUCUUGGGAGUAGAAGAAAAAGAAGAUAUAUCUCAACUGGCUAAUUACAUUUAUGAAGAAAAAAAAAAUUUUAACAAUUUUAUGACAAGAAAAUUUUUUGAUUUACCAUUAGACAUACAUAACAAAAUCACCAACCAUUUUCUACUUGGAUGUCUGCAAAGGAGCAAGACCAAUUUUGAGGACGCGUUGGUGCACAGUUCGGAGAAGGAAGAGGAGGAUUAUAAUCUUUUCGGGGUUAAUAUUGCCAAGUAUGUAAUUCCUUUUGAGGAACUGAAGAAAAAAAAUUAA